GCUUUGCAUGAUGUUUAUCCUUCCCUCAAAUAAUGGCGUACGCUGUUUAUUUAUUCUCAGGAAGAUGUAUUCUCAAGAAAACUGAACUUAUAACCUGUCUUGAAGUCAAGUAUACUCAUUAUACCUAAAAAAGAGCUUCCAUUUCGUGUGAAUUGUUCGAAUCUUAAACUUGUCCUGUCCAUUCAUUCUCUAGUGUUCUAAUAUUGCACUAGCACUUUUGCUCUUUGCACUUGCCAUCAUGGAGCCUUGGAGACAGUGUGCCCAGUGGCUGAUCCGAUGCAGGGUGCUACCUCCCAACCACAGGGUGACAUGGGACACAGCUCAGGUGUUCGACCUGGCCCAGACCCUUCGAGAUGGGGUGCUACUAUGUCAACUGCUCAAGAACCUGCACCCCAGCUCCGUCAACCUGAAGGAGAUCAACCUGCGACCUCAGAUGUCUCAGUUUCUUUGCCUUAAGAAUAUCCGGACAUUCCUAUCUGUGUGCUGUGAAGCUUUCAGUAUGAAGAAAAGUGACCUAUUUGAAGCGUUUGACUUAUUUGAUGUACGGGAUUUUGCAAAGGUUAUUGAGACAUUGUCCAAGCUCUCCCAUACUCCAAAUGCCGUGUCAUGUGGAAUCAGGGCGUUCCCUACAGAGGAAAGUGUACAAGAUGAAGACAUUUACAAAGCUCUGCCUGAUUUACUUGAUGAAUCAGGGAUGGAGGAAGAUGAUGAAUUGUAUUAUGACUGUGUAUACAGAGAGGAUGAAGGAGAUGAGGUUUAUGAAGAUCUCAUGAAGGUUGAAGUUGCAGUGCCCAAUAGGACUACAGAGAGUGACAUCCGAAGCUGCUGCCUUUUAGAAAUAAAGCAGACAGAGGAGAAAUAUUCAGAGACCUUGGAGUCUAUAGAAAAGUUCUUCAUGGAGCCGUUGAAAAAAUUCUUGCCUGCAACAGACCUGCAAAAAAUAUUUAUUAAUAUCCCUGAAUUGGUGAAAGUGCACAGAAGCCUCAUGCUUGAAGUCAGUGACUCAAUUACACAUAAGAAUAGCCAAAACCUCUACUUGGUCUUCCUGGCAUAUAAAGAGAGACUUCUCAUUUAUGGAGGGUACUGUAGCCAGGUGGAGAUAGCCAUAUCUAUUCUGGAUAAUAUCUGUAAAACCAGAGAAGACGUCAAAUUAAAACUGGAGGAAUGUUCAAAGAGAGCAAAUAAUGGGAAAUUCACACUGCGUGAUCUUCUUGUUGUUCCUAUGCAAAGGGUUUUGAAAUAUCACUUGCUGCUCCAGGAGCUGGUUAAACACACUACCGAUGAUACAGAAAAAAAGAACUUGCGUUUGUCACUUGAUGCGAUGAAGGAUUUAGCUCAAUAUGUGAAUGAGGUUAAAAGGGACACAGAAACCAUGCGGGAAAUCGAGCAGUAUCAACAUUCUAUUGAGAAUUUGAAUCAGCCUUUAAUACAGUAUGGAAGACCGAAGGUGGACUGCGAGAUAAAGUUUAGCACACUGGAUAAACGCAGGCAGGACAGGUAUAUAUUCCUGUUUGAUCUGGCGGUUAUUGUGUGCAAAAGAAGAGGGGACAACUAUGAAAUGAAGGAGAUAAUAGAUCUCCAGAAAUACAAAGUAACCGAUAAUCCAACCACUGACAAGGAAAACAAAAAGUGGUCUUAUGGCUUUUAUCUUAUACAUAUCCAUGGGCAAUUUGGCUUUGAGUUUUAUUGCAAGACCAGAGACUUGAAAAAGAGACUGCUGGAACAGUUUGCAAUGGCCUUGUCUAACAUUAUGCCAGAUAAUGCCUCAGCAAACAACCAUGACUUCAAGAUGCAUACAUUUGAACGUGUUGCAUCCUGCAAAGUGUGCCAGAUGCUACUCAGAGGAACUUUCUUCCAGGGGUAUCUGUGUUCCAAAUGUCGGACUGGAGCUCAUAAAGAGUGCCUGGGCAGAGUGGAGACUUGCGGGCAUGCAGACUCCGGGACUCUGAGGCAUGGGAAAGAAAAUGUGCCUGGGAAGAAAUUCAAAUACAUAGAUUCAGGCUUACCAAAAGUGCAAGUUAUAAAGAAUUACAAUGGUUACCCACCACCAACUAUAAAUGAUGGUCCAGUCCUCAAUAUACAGGUUGGAGAUACCAUAGAGCUGCUAAGGGCUGAUGCACACAGUUUGUUCUGGCAGGGAAGGAACAUUGCCACGGGGGAGCUUGGCUUUUUCCCAAGCGAUGCUGUUAAACCAAGUCCAUGUGUUCGAAAGCCUGUCGAUUACUCAGGACAGCCCUGGUAUGCAGGUGCUAUGGAGAGAGUGCAGGCUGAGAGUGAACUAAUGAACAGAGAGAACUGCACCUACCUCAUCCGACACAGAACGAAGGACAACGGGGAGUAUGCUAUCAGUAUUAAGUACAACAAUGAAGUGAAGCACAUCAAGAUAUUAACGAGAGAUGGCUUUUUUCGCAUUGCAGAAAAUAGGAAAUUUAAAAGUUUAAUGGAGCUUGUAGAGUAUUAUAAGCACCAGUCUCUGCGGGAGGGUUUCAGGAGUUUGGAUACAACCCUUCUUUUUCCUUACAAAGCUGUGGAAAAUCAGAUUGGCCAUGCAAGUAACAGGUCAUCUGGGAUGUUCCUGAAUCCAAAGGUUUUAGGUAUUGCCAUUGCUCGGUACGAUUUCUGUGCCAGGGACAUGAGAGAGCUGUCCCUGUUCAAGGACGAUGUGGUCAAGAUCUAUACAAAAGCAGGAACGAAUGGCUGGUGGAGGGGGGAAUCUAAUGGAAAGGUUGGCUGGUUUCCAUCCACAUAUGUAGAAGAAGAUGAGUGAAUGUAAUGAUACAUCCAGUGGGUGAAUUCCUGACACCUUAAGACAACUUCCUUUCAAGCUCCUGUCUACAGUCCAUGUGGAGCACAAUCAGCCAAUAUGGUCUUGGCACAGCUUUGAGCAAUUCCUGUAAGACUGGUCAGCAUGCCCAUGCAGGAGACUCCAAAGAACCAUGCUAUACCAAACACAUGAGUGUGCAAAUGAUGAGUCGGGUGGCAUGCAAAAUUCCAUAAGAGACUUGGAACUUCUAUGUAUCACUAAGAGACUUUUUAUAAAGACAACUGUACUUAUUUCCUAUUAUAACGAAAAGAACAUACAUAACUUAUAAUAUGUUUGCAAAUAAACAGUACUAAAACUCAAAGCCAUACUCCUUAGCAGUAACCCUACUUAUAUAGCUGAUCAUGAAACGGCUCCUGAGCUGAUAUGUGGCACACCUGCCCUUGCUAUACCCCAUUUCUUUCAAGUAAAGAUUUAAUUGGGACCGCUGAUGGUGCUUUUUAUGUUUUUUGGUACAAGCUUUCAUGUAGUAUCUGGGGCAGAAAUUGUGAAUAGUAAAAAGUCUAUAAUUUUUAUCUCCCAGUGUAAGCAUUGUAUACCUAUUACUUUUGUCCAU